UACAUGGCAGAGUGCAGGACGGAGCCGGAGCUAACCGCCCGUUAACCCCCAUCCCCUCCCAUAUGGGCUCGAUUUAACAACAAACCCCUUAAAAACACAAUGUCAGCAUUUCGCACAUCUUCGUUGGGACCUAGCAGUCACGACAAAUAGUCUUCACUAAGGAGGCUUUAUCGGGGCGAUGCCUGCUCCUGAACAGGGGCCUGCAGCAGAGGAGGAGGAGGUGCUGAGCUGCAAGGAAGGAUCCAGCACCAGCAAGAUGGAGACGGAAACGACCACCACUAACAUCCUGGCAUCCGUCAAAGAGCAGGAGCUCCAGUUUGAACGGCUGACCAGAGAGCUCGAGGCAGAGAGACAGAUCGUGGCAAAUCAACUGGAGCGAUGCAGGUUGGGGGCAGAGUCUCCAGGUGCUGCCAGCGACAGUUCCUCUGAGAAGUCUCUGCUGUGGAGAUCAGCAGACUCCUCAGCGGCAGGUUUGUCCAAACCCCACGUCUCAGACGAGUGCCCUUCCCCCACGUUUGGGGUCAGAGUUCAAGGCUCACCAUACUCACCUGAACUGGAGCAAAUCUCCCUGCAUGAAAGGUCAGCGGCUAACUCUCGCAGCUCAACUCAGAUGAACUCGUAUUCUGACAGCGGCUACCAGGAAGUGAGUGGCUACUAUAGCAACAUGGUGACCCCGAGGAGGUCAGAGGGAAGAUCGCAGUCAACUAGCUCCGCCCCUAGUGGUAGUCCAAGCCUGGCCAUGGGCUCUAGGGCUGAGGGACAGGCAUCAGCACAGGUGGCAGGUGGGCGUGUAAUGAGGCGUGUUAGUUCAGUGCCCUCUCGUGCCUCUUCUCCUCUUUAUGCGCCGUCUCCACCCCCCUCUCACCCUAUGCUGGGCUCCUCUCUGGGAAGCCCUUACGGAUCGCCCAUCGUCUCUGAGCCCCGCCCAUUGCCCAGUGUCUUCCCUGGUACCACCCUCCCGCCCUCUUCCAGCCACGCCCCUGACCCGCUUCACUCCACCUUCCCUGGUCGCCACGGCGAUGGGAUGGAGUCCCCGACUCUGCUACGUUCUGGGAUGACAGCUCAGCCUCAGCAUUACGGAACGCUGGGGAAGCACGACGCACAUGCUUACGACAACGCACACUCCUCGUUCGGGGCACGGGCCUAUGACAUGUUUGAGAGGAUAGUUCUUUCUAGACCGGACAGUCUAACAGGUCUACAGAGUUCUUACAGCCAGCACAGCCAGUUAGGCCAGGAAGCUCGAUCCCCAGACCACCACAUAACACCUGUGUAUGAGGACAGAACCUUCCAGAACCCGCUCUACCAGAGUCCAACCCAUGGCUCCCAGAGCGCCCUCUCCAGGAACACAGGGUUGGGGACUCUGCCAAGGACCACCAGUCAGUGUAGUACCCUGCGCUACCAGAGGGGGGCGUACUCCAUGCCUUCACACACUGACACUUACCGCUCCACCCUUUACCGCACAGCAGAGUCCAACUAUGGCAGACAUGCUGUUGCCAUCGACAAUAACAUCGGUGCCACACGUUCUCCAUCCAUAGACAGCAUCCAUAAAGACCCUCGGGAGUUUGCUUGGAGAGAUCCUGAGCUGCCAGAGGUCAUUCGCAUGUUGCAGCACCACUUUCCUUCAGUGCAAGCCAACGCUGCAGCUUAUGUUCAGCACCUCUGCUACAGAGACAACCGCAUCAAGGCUGAGGUGUGCAGGCUAGGAGGCAUCCAGCACCUCGUGGACCUGCUGGACCACAAAACUCUGGAAGUGCAGCGCAGUGCGUGUGGAGCCCUCAGGAACCUGGUGUUUGGCAAAGCCACUGAUGACAACAAGGUGUGUGUGAGGAAUGCCGGUGGAAUCCCAGCUCUGCUUCGCCUGCUGAGGAAGACCACAGAAACUGAAGUGCGGGAGCUCGUCACUGGUGUGCUGUGGAACUUGUCAUCGUGUGACUCGGUAAAGAUGACAAUCGUGCGUGACGCCCUUGGUCCCCUCACCAACACAGUGAUUAUUCCUCAUUCAGGAUGGGGAGCGGCCCCCCAAAGAGAGGACCACAAACUAAAACUGCACUCAUCUCUAGUGCUGAGGAACACAACUGGAUGCCUCAGAAACCUGAGCUCUGCUGGUGAAGAAGCUCGGAGGCAGAUGCGCUGUUGUGAGGGGCUGAUUGACUCUCUGCUGUACAUCAUUAAAACGUGUAUCAACACCUCCGACUUUGACAGCAAGAUUGUUGAAAACUGUGUGUGCACUUUGAGAAACCUGUCAUAUCGUCUUGAGCUGGAGAUGCCCCCCUCUCGACUGAUGGGCACCCAGGAUUUGGACACGCUCCUGGGUAACGACCCCUCCAGCAAGCAGGCUGACUACAGCUGCUGGGGCCUGAGGAAGAAGAAGAAGAAGAGGUCGUGGCAGGACCUGCAGUGGGACGGAGUUGGGCCUAUCCCAGGGUUCUCUGGCAGCCCGAAGGGGGCGGAGAUGCUGUGGCAUCCAUCAGUGGUUAAACCUUACCUCACCCUGCUGGCAGAGAGUUCCAAUCCGGCCACACUGGAGGGAGCAGCUGGGUCACUGCAGAACCUCUCGGCUGGGAGCUGGAGGUUUGCAGCUUACAUUCGAGCGGCAGUGCGAAAGGAGAAAGGUUUGCCCAUCUUGGUGGAGUUGCUAAGGAUGGAUAAUGACAGGGUGGUCUGCUCAGUGGCAACUGCACUACGCAACAUGGCUCUGGACGCCAGGAACAAGGAGCUGAUUGGGAAGUACGCCAUGCCAGAUCUGGUGACUCGUCUCCCAGGUCAUGGGCCCUCGCUGCUGUCUGAUGAGACGGUGGCGGCAGUGUGCUGUGCAUUGCAUGAGGUCACCAGCAGGAAUAUGGAAAAUGCCCGUGCCCUCGCCCAGGCGGGUGGUAUCGACAAGCUGGUCUCCAUAAGCCGUGGCCGUGGGGAGAGGUAUUCAAUGAAAGUGGUCAAGGCUGCUGCGCAGGUGCUGAACACUUUGUGGCAGUACAGAGAUCUGCGCAAUAUCUAUAAAAAGGCAAGUGAUCCCCAAAGGUGCUUCCAGACACCAGCUUCUCAUUGGCUCUCUCAUUAAUUUCUGUCUUCUGUGCAUCAUCAGGAUGGGUGGAAUCAGAACCAUUUUCUCACACCAGUGUCAACACUGGAGCGAGACCGGUACCGGUCCCAGCCCACGCUGCCAACGAGCAACUUACAGAUGUCACCUGUCAUCCAGUCAGGCGGUAGUGCCACUUCUUCUCCGGCUAUGUUGGGAAUAAGAGAACAUCGGUUGAGUAAGCGGAGGGCUCAGUCUUCUAUGCAACUUUAUAACUAUUACGGAGACACCAACAGAAACAAAAAUCUGUACACAGGGUCAGGAAAGCAUUCUGCCUAUUUCAUAAGCUCCUACCCCUCCCCUUCACUCGAGGAACCUCAGAGGCCACAGCACAGCCAACUGUACUACUCAGACGAGCCAAAUCACAGGGCCUACGACACUUACGGAAUGUAUCUGGCGUCUCCGAUGGGCUACGAUGACCCUUACCUGGACGAGCCGCUCCAAUAUCCGGUGGUGAGCGAGAGACAGGCACUCAAAUGCAACACCAACUACGUGGACUUCUACUCUACCACACGCAGGCCUUCCUACCGAGCUCAGGCCUACCCCGCAUCUCCAGACUCCUGGGUGUAGGCACAAGUGUGUGUGUGUGUGUUUGUGAGUGGUUAAAUGCAAGUGUGUGUGUGUCUUUCAGGCCCCGUCCACAUUAUACAGAUGUUUUUGAAUCGUUUUUCUCUGCAUUUUGGCCUCUCAUCCAUAUGAAAACUGAACUUUGGGAAAACGGUCUCCAAGGUGGACGUCCUUUUGCCAUAUUUUUGUGGACAAGUGAAUCAUUGUUUUGAAAAGUUGACAUCAUGACAUCAGCUUGCACACGGUCACUGCUGUUUUUUGCAUGUGUUUAGCAUCAAGACUCUGACCCAAUAUCUGACAUGGAUGGUGACUGUUUUUUUCUGCAUGAUUGGAAAUAUAUGGUAAUUA